UUAAUAGCUAAUAGCAAUAAAUCAUACAAAAAAUUUGUAUUUUAACUUAAUUUUCUGCUAAAAAUUAAAGUUUUAAAAUGUGUGUCAUACUUGAAUAUGUUUGACAUCUAACCACAUCCUUGUCCAAAGUAGUGAAAACAAACCAAGCAGAACUUAAGGGCUCUUUUAAAGAAAUGUAUACUUCUAGUAAAUAAUUAAUAAUGGAUGAUUGCCCAGUACCUAACAGUAAUUAUGCCCUCCAAUUGGCGCUACAAACAAUGAAAGAAAGGUGUAUGCAGCUGCAGAAGAGAGUAGCCACAUUACAAGAAGAAAACAUUGCACUAAAAGCCAACUCACCACAAAUCCAUGACAAUAUCUCACAUAAUUCACUAGAAAUUAAAGUCUCCAAGCUAACAGAAGAGAGAAACCAACUGAAAAACACCAUAACAAUGGUUGCAUCAGAGAAUAAACAGCUGUGGUCAAGUCUUUCCAGAUUAACCCAUGACAGCAAGUCUUUUGGUUCCAAAAUAGACAAUCUAAGCCCAAAUGAAAAGACUCACAUGCCUCUGAUAAGAUCCAGGACUUUCACACAAGAAGCACCUCAUACCAAACAUCUACAUAAGGUUUUAUCAGAGAAUGAUAAAGUCAGCUUAGAACUAGAAGAUAUUUCAUUAAAACUACAAAAUGAUGAAGCAAAUCACAUAAAUGAAGAUGUGGCUGUGCCAGAAAUAGACAUAACUAGCCUAGAAGGCAGCUUGGAUUCCCUAGGAUUUAAUUAUCUAGAAGAUGAAGAUAUUGAUGAUUCACUGAGUGAUUGCAUUGAACAGCAUUUGAUUGAUUUGAAGAAUAUUAAAGUAAUGCUCACACAUCAUAAUGACAAGUUGAGGACAUCUGUGGAUCAUUUGAUAAUACAUAAAUUAGAUUUAGAAACAAGCAAAGAAUUGCAAGAGAAGAGGAAAUUGGAGCGAUGCGCGACAAAAACCAUUCAAGUUAACAUUGAAGAUGAAGAAAGGGAAUUGGCGAAAGAAAAAGAAAAGGAGGAGAGUAAAAUAUCUGAACAACAACAUUGGGGUACACCGGAUAGUUCCUUGAAGCUGGAUAGGAAUAGUGAUAAGAUUUGUCCAAUGUGCAAUCAGAAAUUUCACUUUGAUGUGGAUUUCGAUGUGUUUACGCGGCAUGUGGAGGAACAUUUUUUAGACAAUAAUCUGUUAAGGUUAUGAUUAAUAUGAGUAAAUUGUAUUUAUUUAUUGCAUGUUUUCGGAUGUUAAGGUGGAAUUUUAUGGCAGUUGUGUUUUUAUAUAAUUUCUAUCACUUUGAAGCACUGAAAACUAUGAAAAAUAUUUCUAAAUAACAAAAUGGCCGUCUUCUACCGCUCGAACUGCUGUUUUUUCUAUUUUUGAAUGCGUUAAUUCAGUAAAUCAGCUAAAAAAUUAUUAAAACCUUAUUGUAACAAUGAUUUUGUUCCUAAUUUAGUUAAAAUUACGUCCAAUUCUGCAAAUUUUUAUGACAUCUAGGCAAAAA